CCUCUCGGAGUAGCGACGCGGCUCCGGCCGCUCUCUUUUACCCACUUCUUUUUUUUUUUUCUUCCCCUCCCUUCCCCGGGGCGUGGUGUGUGUGUGUGUGUGUGUGUCUGUGUGUACCGCGCGCGGGUGUGUGUUUGUGUGUGUGCCCGUGCGCUCAAUCACAUGGUGUUUUAAGAAAUGCUCCAAAGAUGGCGGUAGCGGCGGCCGGAGGAGGCGGCAGCAGCGGCGGCGUCGGCCGGUGGCAGCGGAGCGGCGCGCUGGAAGUUUUGGUGCGCGACCGGUGGCACCGGGUGCUGGUGACCCUGAGCGGCGAGGCGCUGGUGCUGAGCGGCGAGGAAAGCAGCGGCGGCGCCGCGGCUUACAACGGCAUCGGGGCAGCCUCGGCGGGCAAUGGAACUUUCUGCGGCAGAGGAGCCGGCGGCGGGGCGUCGAGGGCGGCUACAGCCUCUUCUUGCCCGCUGCCCGGCGCUGCCUCGCCCGAGUCGCCGUCGGGGAGCAGCUACAACAGCAGCGGCAAUAACAACGGCGGGAGCCCCGCGGUGGCGGCGGCGGCGAUGGGAGUUCGGACGCCGCUGACCGACUUGCCCGAACAAGUGCCCGAAGCCGUCUCCAACCAGAAGCGGUGCGUCAAGGUGUUGAAGCAAGAGAUGGGCGGUUUGGGCAUCAGCAUCAAAGGGGGCAAAGAGAACAAGAUGCCCAUCCUCAUCAGCAAGAUCUUCAAGGGCUUGGCGGCCGACCAGACCCAGGCGCUCUACGUCGGCGAUGCCAUCCUGACCGUCAACGGCGCGGAUCUGCGCGAUGCCACCCACGACGAAGCCGUGCAGGCGCUCAAGAGGGCGGGCAAGGAGGUCAUGCUGGAAGUGAAAUACAUGCGAGAAGCCACCCCCUAUGUGAAGAAAGGUUCUCCUAUUUCUGAAAUUGGAUGGGAAACGCCUCCUCCUGAGUCCCCCCGUUUGGGCAACCCAACCAUCGAUCCCCUGUUACCGCUAUCUCUCAACAUCCACCGAGACAAAAAGACCAUCCCUCUCAAAAUGUGCUACGUGACGCGGAAUAUGGCUAUGUUAGAUCCCGAAAACAGGAUUGUUGAAGUUCAUUCACCGGAUGCCAAGCACAUCUUGGUGCUAAGGAGUAAAGACGCGAGCACCGCCCAGGCCUGGUUCUAUGCCAUCCACUGCUGUGUCAGCGAGCUCAUUCCCAAAGUGAUCUCGGAGGUCAAAGAUCAACUGGGUAAAGCAGGAAUAGCCGGAGGCCGAGAAAUUAGGCACUUGGGUUGGCUGGCAGAAAAGGUGCUGGGCGAGAAUGAGAAACCUGGGAAAGCUGUAUUGGUUGCCUUGACAGACAAGGAUCUCUUGAUAUUUGAAAGCAUGCCACGCAUCAAGGAAGCUUGGUUUACUCCACUGCAUUCCUACCCUCUCUUAGCUACCAGGUUGGUACAUUCAGGACCCGGGAAGGGCUCUCCACAGUCUGGGGUAGAUUUGUCGUUUGCCACUCGAACGGGCACGCAACAAGGGAUUGAGAGCCAUCUUUUCAAAACCGAGACUAGCAGAGACCUUUCACUGUGGACCAGGAACCUAGUUCAAGGUUGCCACAACGCAGCUGAACUCUCCGUAGAAGUCACAACAGCUUGCACGUACAAAAACCAGGAGUGCCGUUUGACCAUCCAUUAUGACCAUGGAUUUUCCCUCACCACUGAACCCCAAGUAGGUGCCUUUCCCAAAACCAUCUUCCAGUAUCCCUACGAGAAGCUAAAAUCAUCUUCAGAUGAUGGGGUUCGGAUGCUCUAUUUGGACUUUGGAGGAAAGGAAGGUGAAAUUCAACUGGACCUUCAUUCCUGUCCAAAGCCAAUUGUAUUCAUUAUUCAUUCAUUCCUUUUUGCCAAGAUUACAAGACUUGGAUUGGUAGCAUAAAUUCUUUUCUGUCAUUGGCGAGAACAACAACAACAAAAAAGUGGAACUACUCGAGUCCAACUCUCCAACAUGUUGUCAACAUUGGGAGCCACUAAGAGAACAUAUGAACUCUUCUGCAGAUGACCGGAAGUUCAGAUAUGGGACAAAGUCAAUGCUAUGAUCAAAUACAAUAAUAGAGCUCUGAAGAAUAAAAGUUGGAAUAUUUGCUUCAACUAAAACAUAUGUUGCAAGGGAAACAACAUUGAUUGCUCUGAAUAAAGCCAAAAUUGAAUCAUUAAGAAGUAAGAGAUGAAUGACUGUAUGAUGACAUUUCGUACUCAUUAAGUGUGCCUCUAUGUAUGCUUUUAGAGCAGUCCACUCCAUCUUGGGUUUUGAGAAUGCCAGGGCUUCCCUAGAAGAUUCAGCAAUUUUUCAAUGGAAAGAUUGGUGAUGGUAGAGUAGCUUCUGUGAAUGCAAAGUUUUUCCCUUCUCCCCUUCAUCGUCUUCCCCCCCACACCCUUUAAAACAGGGGUCUCCAACCUUGGCAACUUUAAGACUUGUGGACUUCAAUUCCCAGAAUUCCUCAGUCACUAAAACAAAGCUGGCUGAGGAAUUCUCAGAGCUGAAGUCCACAAGUCUUAAAGUUGCCAAGGUUGAAGACCCCUUCUUUAAAAUGUACUCUCUAUUUACCUCGUAAAUUGGUAACAUAUUCUAAAUCCUUUGUUAACUGCAGAGAAAUGGUUGUGGGUAGAAAUCCUAGAGAGCAGGAAAUUUGAAAGCCAGUGAAAAGUAAAAAGCUAAAUAGAGAGUUAACAUCAAAAUAAGGAUUUUUUUAAAAAAAACUAUGUGCUUUAGAUUUUUUCCCCCCUCACCAAACUGUAUUUUGGUUUUCAAAAAGGACAAAAGAAAAUUUCUAUGUGCAAGUUAGUGAUUUGGUUGUUGAGAGCUGAGAUGGGCGUGCGAUCCACCCUUAAUUUUUUUCCCAUUAAUAAGCACAUCAAUCUGUGUAAGUCACACGGGUAGAGCUCAAGUUACUAUGGGUCAAGCAUUUCCCAGCCUUGGCAACUUUAAGACACAUGGGUUUCAACGCCUAGAAUUCCCUGGGGCUGGGGAAUUCUGGGAGUUGAAGUCCACAUGUCUUAAAGAUGUGGACUUCACAUCUUUAAAGGGAAAUCCUGCUGUAGGCAGACUGAAUUUGCUGACUGAUCAAACUAGCCAUAAGAAGGAACUCUUGAGUGCACACACUUGUAGCAAAAUCUCAAAAAUAUUUCUAGAUAACAUAGACACAGGACACAUUGGAGAAUUUGCUGGGGGAAAAAAACCCAAAGCCCAUUCAAUUGAUGACAUCCAAAUAACAUAAGUUCUAUAAGAUUGCAAUUUUUCCAGUAAAAAUAACUUGUGAAAGGGAAUGGAGGUAGAAUCUGGCGUACAUAAUGCAUUUUAAAACAUUACCGUGGAAGUACAGUAAAAGCGAUGGAAAUGAUAACUAUCUCAAAACAGCUUGAAAAGAGGAAAUGCAUUUCAAAUGAGUCCCAAGUUAGCUGAACUUUUAGUUCGUAUGUGAUGCGGUCAGUGGAAUUUUGGCUCAUUUGUUUUGUGGCUUGUCAUUCUUUUGCACUUUGCAACAACCCCCUUUGCAAAGGGCCUCUAGCCCUUUAGAAGGGCUAGAGGCCCUUCUAAAGCAAAGGUUUUGUGAUGAGGAAGAAGGUGGCAGCAGACACCAGGAGGCAGAGGAGGAUGCUGAAGAAGUAUGGAUAGAAAGAAUACAGAAGCACUGCCCAUGAAGUCUUGAAUAAUUUAGGACAGAAGCCAUGGCGAUCAGCCGUGUUGAAAAAACUAGGAACAAGGAGAAGAAGAGGAACAUCCACCUCAGCUAGAAGAUCCAUGCAAAAAAACACCUAGUUCAGAGAAGAAGCAAGAAAUGGCUAUUAAAGCUCAGAAAAUAGGUUAAAGUUGGCGAGUGUGCUGUCCUUUAUUAGGCACUUGGAUCCAACUUGCAAAAAUCAGAGCAAUAUCAUAGGGUAUCUUUUCCACUGAUGUUUUGAAGACCUCACCUAAGCCGGGAAGAGAACCUUCUGCACCUGCCAGGGUUUUCUCCUUUUUCUCAUGGUUUUACAUCAAGGAGGAGAGAAAUAAGUUGUGUGAUCUAGUUUCUUCCCUACCCUCCCAUACUCGGCAUAUUCCACCAAGGAAAGGAGAGACUCUCCUGGUCAUUUUUCAAGAUUUUGAUCAACUGCCCUUAACAAUGCCUAUGGAGCUUCUCAGUCAUCCAGGUCAUGGUUGUCCGAGCUGAAGCAACUUCCCUGGAUGAGAAGUGGAAUGUCUUCAAAGAAAAGUCCAGUUGCCUCUUGAAAAGGUACCUUUGGGUGCCCGUAACAAUGUUUAACUAGAAGAAUCCCAAAGCUGCUCAAGACUUAACUAGUUGAGAUCUUAAAUUUUGUAUCGUGGCAGUCAACGGGGGGCAUCUGAACAUUGUGGUCUGUAGCUUGGGAGCUCUGAAACUUGGUGUAGGCUGAAAUCUUAGCGGCAGCGCUUCACCCUGGUGACUGCCAUUCACUGGAUUAAAAACCCAAGAUACAUCAAGGAUCUUUUCUUUCCGUCUCGUUCUGGAGAACAAGGACAAUCCCAUCGCAGCAGUAGCAGCAGACCGAACUGCUGUUGAAGUGUCACUUUAACACUGUUUUCAUAUGGUCUAUAAAACUAAAGUCUCCUUAAAGUUGCACUCAGCUUCAUAGAUAUAUCCAAGGACUCAUCUUGGCUGCAAUAUGGACAUGAUGUACAGGUAGUCCUUGGUUUACGACCUGACCCUGUUCUGAAGUUCUAAUGGCCUUCUCCCCGGCAGUCACAUGACUGCACUUCAGGCACUCUGUAAUCAAGGCAUCAUUAAGGCCAUUUGCAGCAUCCCAUGGUCACAUGGCCACAUUUUGCAAUGCUUUUGCUGAAAACUGGGAUUCCAUUUUUAGCAAAAGUGGCCCACAGCAAAACAUCAGUUCGCUUCACGACAUUGCAGCCGCUAAACGACAGACACAAAACUUAUAAAAUCAAGUGAGUGACUCGCGUUACCAUCCUCAUGACAUGGUAUACUUAUUAGGGACCGGCUCCAUUAAGGCCAUAAGUCAAGGACUACCUGAACUGUUGUCUUCUCAAAUACUUUCACCUGUCUGAUCCCCAGCUAUAAACCUUUAUUUGUGUUUUUUCCCACCCAGGUACAAGCCACGUCCAAUCCUGCUUUGCCUCUUAAUAACCGGCUAAAUGAUUGUCAGAUACAUCCAUAUUAAAAACUUAAUGGCUACAUCAAAAGGCCAAAUAAAGAGAACUUGUUUGUUAUAUGGAUUGCCAGAGACACAAAUUAACUCAAUUGUGUUUUUUUUUGUUUGUUUAUGGGCGUAAAUAAGGGUGUUUUUUAGGGUUGCUUAGAUAUAUGUGGUCAGUUGGGAAAAUGGCCCUGAAUUCUCAACCUGAAUCCAUGCUGUUUCUCUGCUACUGAUUAUAAAUAAAUAAAAUAAAUUGCUAUGAGGAUAGCAAAAACUGGAAGCUAAGUGUAAAAUACAUAAGUUAUGCUUGCUUUCAGCUGCAUUUGAAGCAAAUUGUCCCUGAAGCAUUACAUUGUCCCUGAAGUAAUUAAUCUAGGUUUCAAGGUAAUUUGAUUGGGAGAAUAAAUAGGAUUCAUAAAGACUGUCCUGUUAAUUCUUAAAUGUUAUUAAGGUAAACUUGGGGAAUAUUUGAAAGGAGGUUGGAAAUUAAAAAAAAACAAAACAAGAUUGAGCUCUUAACCAUGGCUAAGAUUUUACAUAUGCAGAAGUCUUUGGGUAGUUCUAUAAAAUAACCGAUUGCCAUGGAAUAUCUACCGUAUAAUUCCUUUCCUUGUGUUUUGUUAGUUAAUAUAAAAUUAACUUAAUAAAAAGCUGCUUGAUUUUGAGCCUACAUUAUCACCAUGUGCCCAAUUUGUGCCUAAGCUUCCAUUUUUAUUUCAUUGGAGCUUUAAAUAUAUAUCAUAUGUAUCCAGAGGUCUCUCUACUUUAAAAUAAAUAUUUUUUUUGCAGAUAUGGAAUUUUCAUUGGUUUGUGUCUGUCCAUAAAAGGAUGACCUACAAAAUUUGUGAUUUAAACGGCAUUUUGUGAAAAAAACAUAAGGAAUCUCAAAUAACCCUUUCCAAUGUAGCAGGAUUUUCAAGUUCCUUCCAUGGCAGUAUUUAUUAUUGUGAAUGAGCAAAAGCCAGAGUGUAAAGUAGAAUAUUGUGUAUUUUAGGAAACAUUCAUGCAUAUGUAAAUUCUAUUGUACUGCUACUUUCAAUACCUAACACCCCUCCACUGGAAUAUUAUAACUAUAUCUGCUUUGUAUAUAAUCAGGAUUAAUUCAUUAGUUAUAUCACAUAUUGUACGGUGCUCAAAUCAUAACAUGAAGAAGUGAAUAACUAAUUUGCAAAAAGAAAUAUAAAUAUAUAUUUAUAGUCAAAUACAGAUUUUGAAUGACUCUAGAUGCCGUUACUUUAGAUGGGAUUGAUAGAAUGAAUUAAAUGGAACUACCCCAGAUUUAUAAAAAUUUAAUCUACAAUAUUUAUAUUUUCAAGAGGGAGAAAAAAAUGACUAUAUUUAAUAAAGUGUCAUUUAUUGGA